UCGGCGAUGAUGAAUGAAAUUUAGUUCCAAACUAGUUGUCAGUCCGUUCAGUACGCGCAUUCCUCUCGAGCGGUGGGUUUCGUGUGUUUCUGCCCAGCUCCGUUUCCUUUCCUUGCUACGUCUUGCACUGUUUGCGUGUGUUUGUGUGCGUCUGUGUGCAAGAGAGUGUGUAGUUGCAUUUUCCUGUGUGUUGCCCUCGCGUCGGUCGGAGACGGAACGGAGUCAAUUCGGAAGUCACAGUCUUGGAAAACGGUCGAACGUAUCGGAACGCGAAAAACGAAAACAGUCUUAAGGCAAGGGAUCAGCUUGAACGGUUCAACAACGAAGCUAUGUACAUGUAAAGUGAAAAACGAACACAAAGCUCUCUGUAUAUGAGCUUUAAGUUUUGCGUGUGUUGAAUAAAGAAAAGCCUGCAGUGCUUUGGUGAAUUGUGAAAAAUCCAAAACGCUGUGCUCAUGAUAGGAAGAAAAAGUGUAAAGUGAAUCAUUUUAAAAGAAGCUACCGACUCCUGCUAGUGUUUCUACCUGAGUUUGAUAAUCAUUGUUGUUGGGCAAAGGGCAAACAAAUAUUGCAAAACUAUUCGAAACUGCGCGGCACGGGCACGAGCUCACCGUGAACGAAUCUUGGAGGAGGAUGCUUCUGGAGGCGGCCCACGGCAACAAUCACAACCCGCACCACCACCAUCCCCAUCUGCUGCAGCAGCCCGUGCCUCAUCCGCCCCACCACCACCACCCACUGCAUCCACAGCAUCCGCAUUCGCAGGCGGCAGCAAUGGUGGCGGCGGUGCAGGCGGCGGCCGCCCUAACCGCGGUCAAAAGUGCGACCAACUUCUCGAUCGCGGCCAUCAUGGCGCAAGGAAACAAUAACGCCAACGGGAACAACAACAACAACAACAACAACAACAAUGUCAUCGUUGGUAGCAAUCCGGGCGGCAACAGCGGCUCAGCAACACCGCCGGCCAACACACGGCUCGAGGAGAGCAAUUAUCGUCCACGGUCACGCACCCCGGAACGUUCGUCCGAGGCGGCCGAGGAGGAAAUCAACGUCAACGUGGAAGAUUGUAGCGAUUCCGAGGAGAGCACGGAGCAGCCGCGGGAAACACAUUCGCGGACCGCUUCCACACCGGCCAGCGUAUCCGACGAGGAUCGCCUAUCGCCCGAGAUUGCACAGAAAGCACCCAAAAUUGUUGGUUCGUGCAAUUCGGACGAUCUGCGACCGGUGCAGUGCCAUCUCGAAACGAAGGAGCUGUGGGACAAGUUCAACGAGCUCGGCACGGAAAUGAUCAUCACCAAGACGGGAAGACGCAUGUUCCCAACCGUUCGCGUAUCGUUCUCCGGUCCAAUGCGCCAUCAGACGGCGGCCGAUCGGUACGCCGUACUGCUCGAUAUCAUUCCGCUCGAUAACCGGCGCUACCGUUACGCGUACCACCGCUCCGCCUGGCUGGUGGCGGGCAAGGCCGACCCACCGCCGCCCGCUCGCCUCUACUCCCAUCCGGACACACCGCUCGGGCCCGAUGCGCUGCGGCGGCAGGUGAUCUCGUUCGAGAAGAUCAAGCUCACCAACAACGAGAUGGACAAGACGGGCCAGAUCGUGCUGAACUCGAUGCACCGCUACCAGCCCCGCAUCCAUCUGGUGCGCAUCGGACCGAACCAAUCCGUACCGACCAGCCCGGCCGAGCUGCAGGAGCUCGAUCACAAGACGUUCGUCUUUCCCGAGACGAUCUUUACGGCUGUGACGGCGUACCAGAACCAGCUCAUUACGAAGCUGAAGAUCGACUCGAACCCGUUCGCCAAGGGUUUCCGCGACUCGUCCCGGCUGAAUGACUUCGAUCGUGAUCCAAUGGAAUCGUUCCUACUAGAGCAGCAUCUCCGAUCUCCACUCCGGCUGUUCCCCGACCAGGUAAUGGCCCAGCUCGGAGGGGCCGGUGGUCCACCCUCGAUGCAAUCGAACGACCCUUCCGUCCUGCUGGAGAAGGCUCGUCAGCAGCUCCAUCUGUGGGGCAACCCUUCGGCCGCCUACAGCGAGCUGAUGCUGCAGCAGCUCUACCACCAGCGGCCCAACUUCGGACUGAACUUUGGGCCACUGUGGCAAAGCCAGUGGCCGACCCAGCUGCCACCCGGCUUCCUGCCCAACGUAGCGCCGCCGCCGGCACACACACCGGCCAUGCAGGGCGUUGCGGCUGCCGCUGCUGCCGCUGCCGCCGCUGCUGCCGCCGCCGCCAACUCCGGCAAUGGUGGUGGUGGUGGUGGUUCCAGUUCCUCGUCCCCUUCGGCAGCGCCUCCAUCGGGACCGUCGGUUUCGCCGGAAGUGCGGCCGAAAUCGUUCGCCCGCUUCACACCGUACCAGAUUCCGCAGCAUCCUGGUUCGCCUGCACCGCCCGGCCCGCCCGGCCAUCCGCACCAUUCGCCUGCAGCACGGUCCGGUUCGCCCGGCUCGUCUCGAUCUCCUUCGCACUAAAAGAACACCCCUAGCCGGUAUCGGUGCAUGUACGUGCGUGUGUAUGAGUGUGUGUGUGUGUGUGUGUGUGUGAAUGUGUGUUUAUAGCUUUUUUGUUGAUCUCGGCGGACAGGGAAGCUAGAAACCACACGCAAUUCGUGAUAGUGUCCGGGGAGCGCAUCCCGCGGCAAGUGUAUUAGUAUUAGUGUGCACACUAGAGAGGCUUCAGUUGAGUUUUAGUGAGUUCGUUUAUAGUGGUUGUUUAUUGUAAUUAUUAGUUUCUCAAUAGCGCAUAGCCGUACCGACCUAACCUAAUCGACACGUAGCCAAUGUUAAUCGUCAUUCGCGCCAGGAUCGUUUUGUUUCCUACGUUUUCCCCCCACACGACACUACCCCGAUUCACCCGAGCCCCUUCGCAACGAAAGCAAGACGAGCAAGGGUUUGUUGGAAAAGAUGUCUUUUCUUGCCUUCCGAGUCUGUAUUGGUGUGAGAGAUUUGUUCGGAAUCGGGUAAUUGUAGUCGAAUGAUGCUGUAAAUACUGUCCUAUCCUUCUGUACAUAUACAUCACUGGUGCACGUUUCGGCGCAGCCCGCAAAUCUCAAAUCAUACGGAAAAAUAAAAAUCAUUAUUUAAAAAUCAUAGCCAAUAGAAA